AUGGGUAAUUACGCACAGAUCGAUCCGCGACCUGCGAUAUACAAUCGUUCCGGAAGACCCUCAAGUAGCGCUUCGAGCGUUGCGAGUUCGGUUAGGACGAACGAGACAUUCGACGCCAUACUUUCUAGCCCAUCUAGCAGCAGGACGAGCUUCGAAUCAUGGAAUUCGAGCCCGAAGAGAGCCGAGUACGGCUGGCAGCGACCGGCGCCCAUAAAACAAUAUAGACGGAGAAGGGACACAGGAGAACUUUUUGCUACCUUGCCUGAUGAAGUGUUAGGUCUUAUUUUGGACGAGUUGAGAAAGUCACACCUGGCGCCUAAUAGCACAAGCUGUGCGACAUGCAUGAUGAGGGACAUGUGCUCCAUUGCUGUCUCGUCGCGAAAGCUAGCGAAAGCUGCUCGGGUUAUACUUUAUGAGAAUAUCGAACUCGUCGGAGCAGAUUCGCACGCCCAAAGGAAGCGAUAUAAACUGAAUUUUGGCUCUCGUUUGGUGUUACUGCGUCGGACGUUAAGAGGGAACCCGGAUUUGGCCGCAAUGGUUCACACUUUGAAAGCACCAGCUGUGCCUCAAGGUGUUCCUCUCGAUUUAUACCAAAAUUUAGUUGCUUCGAUUAUUAUGGCGUGCCCCAAUUUCGAGCAAUUGGUUGGAUUCCAUCAAAACCAAGAUUAUUCGUUUAACCGCCUAUUCCACGCUCUCUCGACUAGGCGCAAACUGGUUGAAAUGCAUUGGACACUCGAGCCGUCUCAAUUUCAGAGGAAGCGCCGGUUAUCGAAUGCGGCGGCGCUACUAAAUUCGGAUAAUCCGAAUUAUCAAGAAGCCCCAGGAGAUCUUCUACCUCAGCAAAGCGAAGAAUUCCUUGAGCUUCAUACGGAUUGGGAAUAUUUAACAACAUUGUCAAUACAUUGCCUCCCGGGAGCAACAAUUACACCAAUAUCUCUUAUUCCGGAUAUAGUGUCUCGAUUACCAGCGCUUCAGAAUCUUCAUUUAUCUCAUUUACCAUUUACAGCAUUUAAUGACGCGAAUUUACUCUCGCUACCCUCAUUACAGACCAUAACAUUUUCGCAUCUUCCUGGUGUUUCUAGCGAAGGACUAUCCUCCUUCGUGCGGCGACCUUCGAGCCGAUCAAUUAAGAAACUUACUCUGCAGCACGUGGACGUGGAUUCAUUGCCCGCGCUCAGCCAGAUUCUCUCGAAUCUGACAUCGCUGGAGAGCUUUUCGCUAGUCCAGAAUUCGAUGCCGAUUAUGCCGCCAAAUGAGAUGAUAUGGUUAUUCCCCUAUUUAGCAUCGCCCUCGCUACGGAAGUUGCACUGGGAUAUCACGAGCCAUCAAAUAUGCGCCAAUGUGGCCGAUUCAAUCCUUGCGAAGAGCAUAGCAGCGAACGGCUUCCCUUCCCUUCGGGUCUUACGGACACCAAACGACCCCGAAGGAAUUUUCCAAUCGCUUUGCAAGCCAGUGGAGAGCAUUGAGGCGCCACCAAGUGAUAAACACCGAGGCCUUAUCUCGAAGUGCACUUCGCGACCUAGCCCUCCAGCGACGCCAACAACGCCCAGCACACCCAAGACCCCGAGCAAAUCACCUUCAGGCUUAAGUUUCCCGAUGGAGGACCAACUCUUCCCAUCAAAAGCAUCGAGCAAUCUAGCGCAAGCACGUCUAGCAGCCCAAAGCCGACUAGAAGCAGCGCGCCAGACACCACGAUUCGUGAUCAGCGUAACUGAGGAUGAGGUUGAGGUUGAGAAAUACGGUCUCGCGGGUUUCAUCGGACAAACCGAGUCUAAAAUUAAUUACUGCGUCACACCUGAUGAGGGUGCGUCUGAUGAGAGUGGUGGCUUGCUUGAUGUUACAGAUGUGCUAGGUGAUGGAGGUGAGAACUUGAGGUUUGAUGGAAGAGAAGGAUGUACUGGGAGAUGGAAUACGUAUAAUGGCAAUGUGGUCGAUAAGAAAGAUCGUGAGCGCUGGUUUCAUACGGAGAGGGGACGGUGGAGGCCUGUGACGCUUUCUUAA